AUGGCUUUAGGGCACAGGAUGCAGACUCUGGCCUGGGUGGGCAUCGCCAGCCUGUGUUUGGGAGCAACCUGGGCUGUCCCAGCCAAGAAGGAAAGGAAGAAGGUGGAGAAGCCAAAACCUGACCUUGUGCUUUAUGAAAACCUCGAUCUGGAGAACUAUGACAUGACUCUGGACAGCUAUGGGGACAUCAUGGACCUGAACAACUAUGAGGAGCUCUAUGACUAUGGUGACCUGGCUCCCAAGAUCGAGGUUGGGACUCUGGCUCCUCGCCCCAAGGACCGCGGGACUCUGCCAGAGCUGGGCACAGCAGCUCCAACACCCAAGUUGCAGCCUCUGGCUACCACCAAUCCCACCCGCCCAGCACCACCGGGACCCAACACUGCGCAGGGCCUCCCCAGCUGCUUGCGCUGCCUCUGCAUCAGAACCUCCGUGUACUGCGAUGACACCGACCUGGAGCACAUCCCACCUCUGCCGCCCGACACCACCUACCUGUACGCCCGCUUCAACCGCAUCGGUGCCAUCCGGGCAGGCGAUUUCAUGGGGCUGAAGAAACUGAAGCGAAUAGACCUGACGAGCAAUUCCAUCUCCUGGGCAGACGUGGAUGCUUUCCGUCUCCUCCCCAGCCUGCAGGAGCUCAUCCUGCCUGAGAACAGGCUGACAGCUCUUCCCGAGCUGCCCCGCAGCAUCGUCAGGCUGGAUGCCCGCCUCAACAGGAUCCCCAGUGCUGGUCUCCGGCCCGAAGCUUUCCAGGACCUCACGCAGCUGCAGUUUCUCCAUCUGUCUGACAACCAGCUGGACUACAUCCCUGCACCCCUGCCAGAGAGCCUACGCUCCCUGCACCUCCAGAACAACAACAUCCAGACCAUGCAUGAGGACACAUUUUGCAACAGCCAAGACCAGAGCCACAUCCGCAGGGCGCUGGAGGACAUCCGCCUUGAUGGCAACCCCAUCAACCUCAGCCUCUUCCCCAAUGCCUACUUCUGCCUGCCCCGCCUGCCCACGGGGCGCUUCCUCUGAGCCCCAGCAUCAGCCCCUGAUGGCGAGCAUCCCCAGGCCCCUGGCGCUCCACCUGCACUCCCUUGUUUCCUGCUGUCUCAUAGAAAACAUGGGAUUA